CCGCUGCAAUGAGAUCGUGCGAAAACAAACAUGGCAUCCUAACAACCAUAUAUUGACAGUAAAGUAUUCUGUAAAAUAGUUUCCACAUAUUUCCGAUCUGCGUUUCAAAAUGCCACCGAAAAAGAAAAAGGGCAAGGGAAAGAAAAAAAAGAAGAAGGAUGAGAAGACCGAACUGACGAUUGAGGAUAAGUACAAGAGAACCAUGGAAGAGAUUGAGUGUCUGAAGGAUGAACUUGCUGCAAGAUCUGAAAUUGCACGAAGGUCCAAGGACACUGCAGAUCGUAUGAAAGAAAGAAUGAGAGAAGCAAAGGAGGAAGUUGAAACUGAGCAGCAAAAUAAACUGGACAUUUCUUCAGACCUUACUCGUCAAUACAAAACAAUGCAGUCUGAGAUGGCUCUUAGGAUUCACAUGUUGGAGCAGACUGUGAAUAAGCUGAGGGAGCAGUUGGCCUCUACAGAAGAAGAACUGAAGAAGACCAGGAAAGAGAGAGAUGAUAUCAGGCGGGAAAAAGAUGAAAUCAUUGCUGAACUCCAGUUUAAAAUUGAUCACAUGGAAUCUGCCUAUGAAAGUGUGCUUCAUGAUGCUUUUGAUAGAAUGGCUGUUAAAGUUGAGGAUGCCAGGGCACGAUGGGAGAUGGAAUCAUCGGAGAUACAGGAGAAAAAUAAACAGCUUCUUUUGGAAUUUGGCUUGAAUCCACUAGAAAUUUAAAUUACUACCUUUAAUAAAUAUUUCCCCUUCUAGUUUACCUGGUUUAGUGUGUAGAAAGUAAUAUAAGCCACAUUCGUAGAUAGAUGAAGAGCUGGUGGAAUAACUACCACAAGCAUCCUACAUACAUGUAGGUACCAGUAAUAGUGAGAAGACAUUGGGUACAUGAUUGUUUUAUUUACAGUACCCUACACAGCCACUUUCACCCAAAGUUUCAACAUUGCACAACUAAAGUGCAAUAAAUAUAAACUUGGAAACAGUCAUGCUUAAAUUGCAAUGUUAGUGUGUUGAACCAAAAUAUCUGAAAAUCUUAAAUAAUGCACAUGUACCAUACUACCAUGAGUGGAAAAAGAAAUAAAACAAAGCUUUUGCAUCUCCA